ACCACUAUGGAAUGGAGUAGUUUUCCUUCCAGUGUGUCUCUAUCUAUAUACACAAACCAGAAUCACUUUCUCUCUCUGAUAAUUACUCUCUGAUUAUUUGAUUAAUGAUAUGUUUUCAUGUAUAAAUCGAUUAAUGCAGAGAUUUUCUUUUGAGAAAUUUUAAUUUUACGCCGCCACCGAUCAAAUUAAUUUGAUCACUUCUUAGUACCUGUGAUCUUUCAUUUCUCGUUGUUCAUUUUGAGGAAGAAGAGGGUGUAAGAAGACUGAGAUAGACAUAAAAAACAGUUGUUCAUUUUGAGAAAUGGGUUCUUGUUAUUCAACACAUAGUAAAGAUGUAGAAGAAACCCUAGAUUCUGGAGAGGGUUUAACAAAAUCUCCUUCUUUCGUUAAGAGAUUGAAGAGUAGUAACAGUAUUAACAAGAAGAAGAAAAGAAGAGGAAGAAAUAGAGAUUUAUAUAAUGAGAGUAGUAAUUAUAUAAGUGAUAAUGGGAUAAAAGUAGAUAUAAGUAAUGUAAAAGAAAAUGAACUUCAUAAAAUCUCUGGUAGAAUGUGUGGUAAUGGAGCUAGUGAUGUUUCUUGUUUAUUUACUCAACAGGGAAAGAAAGGAACUAAUCAAGAUGCCAUGCUUGUUUGGGAGAAUUUCAAUUCAAGAAAAGACACAAUCUUCUGCGGCGUAUUCGAUGGUCAUGGUCCAUAUGGCCAUCUGGUUGCAAAAAAAGUUCGGGAUUCCCUCCCACUUAAGCUAUGUACACAGUGGAUGGCUACUACUAAUGGUGAACAAACCAAUAAUGUGGUGGGAAGUGUGGAUUCAGAAGAAACGGCAACCAUUAGCAUGGAUGACGAGUGGUGUGACUCUGUGGACGUUGAUGAAAAUGUAAAACUUCCUGAGAUGUUUCUUCCUUUAAAACAAUGUUUUUUGAAGGCUUUCAAAUUAAUGGACAAAGAUUUAAAACAUCAUCCAGCAAUUGAUUGUUUCUGCAGUGGUUCUACUGCCGUCUCAUUAAUAAAGCAGGGACAUGACCUUGUGAUUGGGAAUGUUGGAGACUCUAGAGCAAUACUGGGGACAAGAGAUAAAAAAGAUAACUCCUUGAUUGCUGUACAAUUGACUGUGGAUCUGAAACCGAAUCUUCCAAAGGAAGCGGCAAGGAUCCGCCAGUGUAAAGGAAGAGUCUUUGCCUUGCAAGAUGAACCUGAGGUUUCACGUGUUUGGUUGCCCAACAAUGACUCUCCUGGUUUAGCAAUGGCUAGAGCAUUUGGAGAUUUUUGCCUUAAGGAUUAUGGUUUGAUCUCUGUUCCAGAUGUUUCUUAUCGUCGUUUGACGGAGAAAGAUGAGUUUAUAGUUCUUGCAACUGAUGGGAUAUGGGAUGUUCUAACAAACAAGGAAGUUGUUGAUAUAGUGGCUUCAGCCCCAACUUGUGCAACAGCAAGCCGAGCUGUUGUAGAUUGUGCAGUUCGAUCGUGGAAAUUAAAGUACCCUACAUCAAAAGCCGAUGACUGCGCUGUAGUUUGUCUUUUUCUAGACCAUCCUUCACCUCAGGAGGAACAUUCUUCAGAAGAGAGACACGAGAAACCCAAUGUCAUGGCCUUAGCAGAGGUGAACAAGGGCAAAACAGAUGGAUAUCUUGAGGAUUCCAAUAGGGGUGAAGAUUCUUCCCACACUUCAGUUCUUCAGCACUCUGACACACUUUGUGGGACAGAUGAAAUCGUACCUGUUACUGAAUCUGUGGAGGAGAAGAAGCUUCCAGAAAGAUCCCAGUCUACUAGAAGUCUUGCCGAGUGCAUUUCAACUGCAGAGGAAGAUGAGUGGUCUGCCCUAGAAGGUGUUACCCGGGUUAAUAGUCUUCUAAAUCUUCCUAGAUUCUUGCAGGGUUCUGGUGAUAAAAGGACAGGUAGUUGGAGGAAAAAAUGGUUAUGAAAACAUCAUAGAAAGAAAACCAAAUGAAAUGAAAACAUCUCGGAUAUUGGUUGCAGAAGCACUAUCGUGAAUGACAUCGAUGUACUGUAAUUCGGACCCUCCCUUCUUGUAUCAGGGAUGUUCUCCUUCAUGAUAGGACAUCCUAAUUUUGAAUUUCAUUCUUAAUAAAGUCGGCUUUCAAAAAAA